UCCUCCGCCUCGCCUGGGCAACUCUCUAAACGCAUCCUCAGGGAACACUCUCUCUCACAUACACACGCACACACACACAUACGCAUUAACGCGCGCGAGCACACACGCACGGACGCUCAUAUAGGAGGAUCCCAGCAGAGAAGCGGGCAGUGAACGACGGAGCGCGCACCGGCCAAGCUCGUUAACUUCUCCGCUUCCUAUCCCCCCUCCUAAUUUUCGGGCAGCUUCUGCAGCAACAACAAAUCGGAGUGCCGGGCAGACUACCGGAUCAGAAGAGACUCCUCGAGCACUCCAGACAGCCUCAGACUGGUCGUCAUCGUCUGUUUUACUCCGGAGACUGCGGAUUUUACCCUUUAUCUUUUCCAGUGGAUACUGACAGUGCGCACCGCCUCCUCGUGAUAAACAAAGUCCACGGACAUUAAGUCUGCUGUUAUUUGUUUUUUAGCUGGGAAAUAAAAUCCUCUGUCCAGCUUUCUUCUCUGCAUUCCCUCCGGUUUAACUGCACCGGGCAGACUUGGAAAGAGCAACAGCCUCCACCGGCGCAUCAGUGAGGUAGAAAGGCCCUACAUCAAGCUGCAGCCAUGGAUGAGAUGGACCUGCCCCAGAUGAAGAAGGAGGUGGAGAGCCUCAAGUACCAGCUGGCCUUCAAACGAGAGAAGUCCUCCAAAACAGUGACUGACUUGGUAAAGUGGAUAGAGGAUGGCGUCCCAGAGGAUCCCUUCCUGAACCCGGAGCUGAUGAAGAACAACCCGUGGGUGGAGAAAGGAAAGUGCAUCCUUCUCUAGAGGAAACCAACUACCCUGCCAUGACCUUUCAACUUUUACCGCCCCCGAGCAACACACACCUUCAGAUGACCCCUGAACCUGACCCGGCCUGUGAAGGCCACGUCAGGACAGCACCUCCUAACUUCUCACCGUGAAUGUACAACCGCUGAUAUCCCCCUACUUCCCCUGAAAACACACCCCAACAAAGGCACAGAAACACACACUGACAGAGACACACACUCGCACACUAUCACUCUAAACUUUGGGUUUUUCCCUGACUGCCACACUUUUAUUGCAAGUUUAUUCCUGCCACAGCAAUGCAUCAUUACUAUGAUACAUGACGACGAUGAUCAAUACUUCUAUUACAUGUCUCUAUAUGGAUACAUGAUGACUUAUUUAUGCAGCUGCCAGUCCCGAGCUUUCUCUCCUCUUCUACAAUCUCUCCUCUUCAUUGUGAGCUCAGCAGUUUCCCCCCCCAGUUUUGAUGAGUUGUAAUAAACUGUAGAGUCACAUUCUCACUGGCAGACUGACUGUAGAUCUGCUUGGAGAAUUUUGCUCCACAUGGAGAUUCUGUAAAACCACUUGCUCUUACAAAAUUAUCACCUAAACCUAAAAGACGUAUACGCCAAUGAUUUGCUUACAGACUAUGGUUUUAACAUUUCUCCCAAGUCACAAAUCAGCUUUUAAACACACGUAAGACCUACAGUACAUGCAAAGGAGAUUAGAACUCAUGACUGUAGUAUGUAUGAUCAUGUGUAUUUGCUUUCUAGCUUAAACCAGACUAUGUUCAAUUUUACGUACAUUAUGCGACAUAUAUGCAUCUCCAUUGGCCAGAUCACAAAUUGGUUUGCAAUCUUUCUUGGAUCGGAUCCACCCAAGAGUAUAAAUGGUGUCUUUAUCCGCAUUCCAAGUAUUUCCCAUCCAACAUGAGGGCAGUUGUAAUACAUUGUAUGAUUACACUGCUAGGCAUUAUAAAUCUUUAUGGUGCAUUUACAAAUUCGAAACAUUACAUUUCAAACCUAAUUAACAAACUAUGCCACUGUUAACAGAUCAGAUAAAAAGACGAAUUCCAAGAAUUUGUAAUGUGGAAGCUUAUUAAUUCUCUAAAGGCGUCGCUAUGCUUAAAACGAACUAAACCGUGUCGGACACAGUGUUGGGAGCCAUUACACGAAAGAAAGAACACACAUGAAUCAAGAAAAGCCGUGCUUUCAGCUUUCACGGCACGGCAGUGUGACUCCAACAGUUUUCAUAUAUAGUUUUAAGUUCACACAACUUGCAUGCCUAUCACACACACAUUCUGAAGAAGAGAGCCGCACGCAGCGUUGUCUUGCUUCAGUAUCAUCACGUCAGGAAGUUUUGUCACAGAAGAAUGAAGCUAUGGAGUGCCCACUCAUGUACAGACAGACACCUUUAACUUAUUAACUUAUUGAUGCAUAUACUCGGUUUAUUUAUUUAUUUAUUGAUGAAACCUUUCUCUCACCUUAGAUUUGUUUCCUGUGUCUGCACUCCCUCGACCUCAUUCCCCCACUUAAAAGAAACAACAGAAAACCACCACAAAAAAAAAAGAGACUACACCUUGCAAGAUCACCAUCUACUACUGCCUUGUACACAGUUUCCUUAAAACAAGAAUGUAAAUAUGAGGCAUGAUCACAGCUGACCUCAGAACUGGCCACCGUGUGAGUGCAUGUGGCUGUAAUUGUGUGUUUAUGUGUGCAUAUGUAUAAAGAAAAAGAAAUAACAAAGAGGGGAACAUCAAUUUGGACUUUAGGCUCCCUUGUGGAUUGUGAGGCGCACACAUGCCGAUGUGUCACACACACAGACAGGCCUGAGGCCGAGCAGAUCAACAACACACACACACACACACACACACACACACACACACACACACACACACAUCAUAGAGUAUGGUCUAGACCUGCUCUUUUAUGAAAAGCGCUGUGAGAUAACUAUUGUUGUGAUUUGGCGCUAUAUAAAUAAAAUUGAAUUGAAUUGAAUUGAAACACACACACACACACACACACACAUACAUACUGCUUAGUGAGAAUGUGUAUGAAGGGAGGAGUGGCAAGGAUGUGGGAUUCUCUAAAUGGCUUGGGACAGGGGAGCCUCACAUCAUCUCAGUACUGUAAUGAGUCUUAUUAUAUAGGUUUUCUUCAAAACGAACAAGUUCCCUAAAAGCUACUCAGUGCUUAAUUGUCUUUGGUCCUAAUAUAUGUAACUGCAGAUAUUUAAUUUAGCUCUUUUUUAAAAACUUAAUUUAAACAUUUACAUGGUCCAUGACACGCUAAUAAAUUAUUUGUUUAUCAAACACGCUGCCAUCUAUCUUAGAACUGCACUUCUUACUUCCUGUACGACAUGUCUGGACAAAGAUUCGAUAAAAUCACACGGACAUGUUUCAGAUUUAUAAAAUACAUCUGCUGAACAAAAUAACAACUGCAAAUGUAAAAUUGUAUCCCUGUAAGUGAAGUGAGGCCAGUGAAUUUAGGAUGUCCAGUGCAACGAUAAGAAUAUAUGCAACAUGGCGAGCCAUUUUAGAAGUCCCAUUGUUCACUGAGACGCAUGUACAUUAUGUACCUUCCUUAUAUUGGACAUUACGUUUUAUUUUAUUUAAAUAGUUUAGGUGUUGGAAAUUACAAUAUAUGUUAACUAGCUGAGAAAAUUAUGCUAAAGCUUUGCUUUAAAAUAUAGCCUUGUAAUUUCAUGAUAAAUGCAUGGAGGGGGACUGUUAAAAUGGCUUCCACUGUACAAAAACUGAUGUUCUGAGCUUCAGGUUUGUAGCUUUUCCAGUGUUAGGCUUAAGUUUAUUACCUCUUCCAACAUGAUUUUAGGAUUCAAGGUUUACAACUGUUUUCAAGCUCUUACAACACUACUGGAAAAGCAACAAAUGGCGUCCGCUACAGUAUCACAGUGGCCUAGCUCCAAAAGUACGUGAGAGGAUUCCUGAGUCUUCCUGUCCCUUGUCUGUAACUGUAACUUUUAUUGUUUGGUUUGUUUUUAUAUAAUCUGAACGUGCGUACGUAUGUUAUUACUAUUAUAAUGACAGCAUAAAAUCUUGUCUAAAUAUCUAGCAACAUAUUCCUUGUGAGAGUGCUUUGGAAAAAUUAUUAUGCAUCAAAUCAAGUCAAGUGUAAAAGUGACAAUGAGCAAUAAAUUAAAGAUCAUUUUUUAUUGAAUGUUUUACAAAAACAUUUAUCUUAUUGAAUAAAGUAGAACAUUUUUAGACAACUUGGUUCUCUUGGUUGGUGUUUUGUGUGUACAUGUGUAUAAUAUAAUGUAAUAA